GAGAAAAAUAGAUUCUCUUGAAACACUAAUUAGCAAAGAAAAAAGAACCAUAAACUUUCUGCAAAUAGACUUGUGUAAUUAAAAGCAGAGUGUUAUCCCGUACAGUAUUUUUCUGCAGACAGUGACGAUAUAUGAUAUUCUUUUUCUCCGUUUAGCUUCUGAAUUGCUCAUGUCUUCUCCUCUUAUCGUUACACUCUCAUCAUCCCUUCGCUCUUCGUUACCUCUCCACCGCCAUGUUAGCAUUUCCAACGUGCUCUGCAGUCGUCAUUCGUACCUGCGGCAAAAACAGUUCUCUUCCAGGCAUCUGCUUCGUCUCUGCUCUGUUAAUAGUGAUCAGAAUGUGUACAAGUCACCAGAAUUUCAAAACAGUCCUCUAGAUCAAAAAGGUACUGCAGAAAAAGAUGAAAUUAGUCAAACAGAAUCACCCACAUCAAACACGGUUCUGACGAGACUGAGAAGAUAUGGUGUUGCAGGAGUAUUAUCAUAUGGACUACUUAAUACUGCAUACUACCUUACUACCUUUCUUAUCGUGUGGUUUUAUGUUGCUCCAUCACCUGGAAGAAUGGGUUACCUUGCUGCAGUUGAACGGUUUCUCAAAGUAAUGGCCAUGGUAUGGGCUGGUAGCCAGGUUACAAAGAUUGUCCGAGCAGGGGGGGCUUUAGCUCUCGCUCCUUUUGUGGACACAGGAUUAUCAUGGUUUACAACCAAGAUGAAGUUUAAAUCACAAGGGAAAGCUUUCGCAGUUGUUGCCGGGUUUUGCUUUAGUUUGGCUUUUAUGCUGUUUCUCAUAGUUACAUUACUCUGGGCGUGAAAAUUUUCUGUUGUUCAUCCCUCCACGUGGGGAUCUACCGAGUUCUUCUGCUGAAGGUAAUGCUUGUUCAGCCACAAAGUUAUCACUUUCUACGCAAAUUUUGUAUGUGGCCUUGGAGGAUCUGACAAAAAAUGAUGCAUACCCUUCAGACUUUUUAUCAUGCUAGUAGUAUUGAUAAUACAUGUAAUUCAUUCCUUAGAAUUUCUAGCAUAUGGUAUUGUCUUGUACUGCCAAGCUUGUGUAUCUAUGAAGUAGCCUUCGUCAUGUAAUCUGCAGGAGAUGCAAUCGAAACUCUCUUGCUGUUGGAGUAAAUCAGCUUGUCAAUGAGAAAACAUUUCCCGUCUGAAAUACUGAAUUCAUGCUUUGCAAUUGGUUGUCAUAAUGUGCAAAGUGAUAAUAUACUUAUGUUUAAAUGUUCAUAUGGAUUGGUGAUGAUUAUAUUUAUAGAUUAUCUUUUCUCUUUCUCUUA